AUGUCAGGCUUAGACGUGGAGGCCCUCCUUGAUUCGACUGCGUCCUCCAAGGAGCAGGGCAGCAAGGCAACCGCUAAUGGCGACUCGCCCCAGAACGGAAGCCGCAGCGAGUAUGAUCGCGACCGCGAACGUCGGGACCGCGAACGCGACCGAGACCGUGGCCGGGAUCGCAGCCGUGACCGGAGUCGUGAGCGCCGCCGGGAUCGCAGCGGCGGCCGGCACCGCACCUCGUCGCCGAGCGGAAGAGACACGCCCAGAAGUGAGGCCGGAAGCCACAAGAGUAGGCGGCGGAGCCGGAGCCGUGAUUCUGGCCGACACUCACGUCGUCAUAGACCCGACGGAGACUAUUACCGCGGCAGUGGCAGUGGCCGUGGGCGUGGCGGCCGUUCGCGCUCCCGCUCGCCCACGCGGCACUAUCGACCCCCUGGUGACGACCGCCGUGACCGCGACGAUCGCAGCUAUCGGCGCCGCGAUGAUGAGCGCCGUGGCAGUGCCGGCAGAAACAGCACGCCCCGAGAGCCGUCGCCUCCCCCGGAUGAGCGUGACCGCCGGACCGUCUUUGUCCAGCAGCUGGCCGCUCGCCUCCGUACUCGCGAGCUGAAGGAGUUCUUCGAGAAGGCCGGCCCCGUUGCCGAAGCCCAGAUCGUGAAGGAUCGUGUUAGCAACCGAUCUAAAGGUGUCGGCUACGUCGAGUUCAAAAAUGAAGAAUCCGUUGCGGCCGCCCUCCAGCUCACUGGUCAGAAACUAUUAGGUAUUCCGGUUAUCGUUCAGCCUACCGAGGCGGAGAAGAAUCGUCAAGCACGAAACACAGAGUCGUCGGGCCACCCGAAUUCCAUCCCGUUCCACCGACUAUAUGUCGGGAACAUCCACUUUAGUAUCACGGAGACCGAUCUACAGCAUGUUUUUGAGCCCUUUGGUGAGCUCGAAUUCGUCCAGCUGCAGAAAGAUGAUAACGGUCGGAGCCGAGGCUACGGGUUUGUCCAGUUCCGCGAUGCUACUCAGGCACGUGAGGCUCUUGAGAAGAUGAACGGGUUUGACCUCGCCGGUCGUCCGAUCCGCGUUGGUCUUGGAAACGAUAAGUUUACCCCAGAGUCAACUGCGAACCUUUUACGGGGAUUCCAAGGCCAAAACCAACAGGGAUCCGCAUUCUCCGGCGCCGGGGGCAGAGGCCCCCAGGCUUCCAACUUCGACCGGGCCGGUGGCCGAGACAACGACAAGGGUACCGGUGCCAGUGCGUUAGAUGACACCGAUGUCGCUGGUGUGAACUUUAACAAUUACAGCCGUGACGCUCUCAUGCGGAAGCUGGCAAGAACUGACGAGCCAACCAACGGCCAACCUGAGCGACAGAUUCUCAAGCCCAAGACCGAGGCGCCGAAGCCACUGCCUGUCAAUGUCAGCAUGGCAAGUCGUUGUGUGGUCCUGCACAACAUGUUCGACCCUGCCGAACAAGAGGGCGAGGACUGGGCCAAGGAGCUCGAAGAAGAAGUUCGACAAGAGGCCGAGGAGAAAUACGGCCACGUCGUCCACAUCGCUCUUGACGCCAAUUCCGCGGGUGACAUAUACCUCAAGUUUGACAAGGUUCAGGGCGGAGAGAACGCCAUCAAGGGCUUGAACGGCCGCUAUUUCGAUGGGCGGAUGAUCACAGCUGCUCCGGUUGUGGACGCGGUCUACAGCAGUUUGUUCUCUCGCACCAAGGCCAUCUGA